CAGUCCCGGGCAGCUGUGCCAGGGCCAGACAGCCCUUCUGGGGAAGGAAUGUUCCCAAUAUCCAACCUGAGCCUCCCCUGGCCUGACACAGCCUGAUACCACUUCCUCUUCUGUCUGUGUUCCCUGGGAGCAGAGCCCGACCCUCACCUGGCUCGGACCUUUCAUCCCACCAUGCCCUGGACCAUCCACGGCCAUGUCUGUCACCUCUGUCACCCCCGUCCUCGCUGUCACCCCCUGGUAACACAUUCCCUGCCCUGGCGACCCCCAUGGCACGGGACCCCAAACCCUGUGACCUUCUGCUGACCAAAAGUGACCAAGACACCCAUCCCCACUGACCCGGGGACCAGAGCAGGCUGGGCUGGGCUGGGCUCUGGGCCCGAUUCAUCCCACCUGGAAUGUCCCGGUGUCCCAGCCCCCUGGAACGCCCACGGCAGCUCCCAUAAAAGCGCUCCUGGCCCGGUGGGAAGCAGGAUCCAGGAUCCAGGAGCCAGGAUGGGGCCGUGCCGGGCGCUGCCACUGCCGCCGCCGCCGCUGCUGCUGCUGCUCGUGGGGCUGGCCGGAGCCUCCACGCUGUGGCCACAGGGAUCCACGCCGGGAUGGGACGGAUUCACGCUGUCCUCGCUGGGACCCCGGGCCCUGAGCUACAAGGACGUGGUGGCGGCGGCCGUGGAGCUGCUCAACGCCAGGGCCGUCAGUCCCCACGUCCUGCGGCUCCGGGAGGCUCAGCUCCGGCCCGGGUGGCCCUCGGACCUGCAGAGCCGGCAGGAGCUGAGCUUCACCCUGGAGGAAACCACGUGCCGGACACCGGGAAUGGACACCGGCAACUGCAAGAGCCGCUGGCUCGGGGCGGUGACCUGGUGUCACGGCUUUGUUUUCCUGGAGGAGCAGAAGCCCACGGUGGAGCUCUCCUGCGAGAACGCUCCGGCCGCGUUCGGCCGGACCUGGAAGUCCAAGAUCAAGGAUUUCUUUGGCAAGGUCAAGCAGCGCUUCCGGGGCUUCUUCCAGUGCGGUCGGAUUUGGAUCCGGGACAGGCUCAACCUCAAGGCACCCAAACCCUGAGGGGACCCUGCUGUGUCCCCUCCCUGUGUCCCCUCCCUGUGCCCCCCACCCGGCUGCUUCACUGCCAAUAAACGUCCCUGCAUCGC